UCCAAGUCCAAGAAUGUGUAUUUCAACUAAAAUAUGAAAAUUGAAGCCGGAUUCAUAUAUACGUUUGGUUCACUUAGUAUAUGAAUAUAAGAAAGCUGAAUUAAUUCAUAAGUUGGUCCACUCACAUUCUAUUGAUCAAGGGAGCCAUAAAUAACAAGUAUUACUUAUCAUAUGUGUAAAUAUCGCCAUCCAUUAGCAAAACAUUUUGAACCCAUUACUGCUUUAUAUCUGACCUAAAGAAAAAUGAAAAAUUAAAGAAAGACAAAAAAGAAAGAGGGGAGGGAGGGGUUUAAAAAUGAAAAUGGUAAGUGGGAAGGCAGCUUAUUCAAGAAGAGCUUAUUAUAGUUAUAGUUAUAUAGUUUAGCAAAAAAUGGAGCUCUUAAGCCAAGGAGAUGAGAAAGAAUUGUUUAAGGCAGUGGAAGAGAAUGGGAGACACGGAAACAGCGCCCACGUUCUCCUCAUAUCUUACUUCCUUUCUUUAAUUUUUUUUUUUUAUUUUGUUUUGUUUUUUAAUAUGCUUCUCUCUCUCUCUCUCUCUCUCUCUCUCUCUCUCUCUCUCUCUCUCUCUCUCUCUCUCUCUCAUAUAAUAAGAAGCCCUAUUGACAAAAUGUUGUGUAUCCUUCCAAGAAAUAAAUAUAUAACCCUUCUUCUCUUGUGAACCUCCAUAAAUACUCCCUUUAUCUCCAUACCUUACUCUCUUUCUCUUUCUCUCUGUUAACACUCCACUUUCUUGAUAACACCCUCUAGCAGCAGAGAGCACACACCCUUUCAUUUCUUUUCUUUUAGGCUUUUUUUUUCUGUUGGUUUAUGUGAUCAUGGGAAUUCAGAAGCCUGCAUGGUUGGAUGCCCUCUACACACAGAAAUUCUUUGUGGGCUGUUCUUAUCAUGAAACUGCUAAAAAGAAUGAAAAGAACGUCUGCUGUUUAGAUUGUUGCGUCAGUAUAUGCCCUCAUUGUGUUCCUUCUCAUCGCUUCCAUCGCCUCCUUCAAGUUCGUCGUUACGUUUAUCAUGAUGUUGUUCGACUGGAGGACCUCGAGAAGCUCAUUGAUUGCUCUAAUGUUCAGGCCUAUACUAUAAAUAGUGCAAAAGUGGUGUUCAUCAAGAAGAGACCUCAGAACAGGCAAUUCAAAGGGUCUGGAAACUAUUGUACUUCUUGUGAUAGAAGUCUUCAAGAACCCUUUUUUCAUUGCUCUCUUGGGUGCAAGGUGGAUUUUGUGCUGAAACACUACAAGGAUCUCUCUCCAUACUUAAGGAGAUGCAACUCUUUAACGCUGAGUCCUGACUUCUUGAUCCCACAAGACAUGGGAGAUGAUGAGAUGACCAAUGAGACACCACAUUCGACGAUCGUGGACUCUGAGGACCCAAUGAGCUGGUCUUCGGGCUCAUCAGGGUCUGAGAAUAUGAGCAUGGUGUGCACGGAGAUUGUGCGUAAGAAGAGAAGUGGGUUAUACGUUUGUGGAAGAUCAGUUAGUAAAGUUUCGGACGAGGACAUGGCUACUAGUAUGAGUAGAAGAAAAGGCAUUCCUCAUCGAUCCCCUUUAUGUUAGCUACUUAAUUAACCCAAAAAAGAAGAAGAAGAAAAUAACAAAAAUCUUAAAUUACAAACUUUUAGCUUUAAUAUUUUGACUGAAUCCUUCAAAAUAUCAAAAUGUUCUUUCUCUCUCUCUCUCUCCCACCUUUUCAAUUUAUUAAGUUAAUUAAUCACUUGGUCGGGGGGUUUUGUCUUAAUGGCAUCACGUGAUUCCCAGUUCCAAGUAAUGGUUUUGUACAA